UCUUAUUUUAUUCAGGAGUGGAAAACAUGCAAGUGACUCUUGCUUGCCAGACUGCUCAGAAAAAUGCCCUGAUGGUUGCUGUCCAGCAGGCCGCCUUUGGCCGCAGCCCAUGGUCGAUCUGCCCCGUGGACAGACAGGAAGCUUCUCAGCUGAGGAGCCAUGAUGGGGAAGAGUCAACCCAUGGGAGUGCCAGGGCUGGGAAUGACAGAGAAAGCCCAUCAUUGGCCACAAUGCCCAGAAUCUCAGGCUCACUUCCCCAUCCUUCCCCAGGAGUCCAACCUACUAAGAGGACUCCAGAGGCUUUUGUGUCUAUUCAACUGGAAAAGCUGGGAUUACGUGAUAUGAUGCUGAAUACCUUCCUCCAAAGGAAGGAAACCAUAGGCAAGCCAGUGGAGAAGACUGAUGAAAUUGGGAAAAUCAAGCGGGAAGUGAUUAUAGAGUACUGUCAGAAGCUGAAUCAUCGCAUGUCCCAGUACUCUCUUCGGGGGCAGAUCAUUGCCUAUUGCAACAGCCUGAGAGCUCUGUUGGAGGACUUCCCUACCAUCAGAAAUACCUUCUUUAUGAUUGGGCAACCUCAAGAAAGAAAGAGAAAGAAGGAUUCCAAGGAAAGUGUCCAGGCUAACCCCCGGAAUUUUCAGCCCAGGCCACAAUACUUGUUGUCUUCUGAUGGAAGAACUUUCCUCAAUUUAUGGUACAUACCCCAUCAUCUGGAGGUACUGAUCAUGUUCAAAACUCUGCCAGAAAAGGAUGCCUUUAGGGCCCUUAAGCUCACUCUGAAGAUUAUAGCUCCCCUGCAUGACAUUGUUGCCUAUCUCUUCAGCUUUGCUAAACUUGGAAAUGGCAAGGAAUAUUUUGAUUUACCUCUAAAUCCCAAACCUCUAAAAGCUGACUGGGGAGGAAUUGAAGGCAUUGGGGCUGAACUUAAAGAUGUGCAGAGAAUGAUUGACAGCCUUCAGAAUCCCCAGGAUCCUAACCAAGUGGCCCAGGCACUCAUGAUCCGAAGAGAAGUUAUGUUUCUACAGUUUGAUGUAGCCGUGAGACACCUUAUCCGAGAAACAUUUUUGCUUGCUGGAAACAUUUCUGCCUACCAGACUGUCACAGAUUCUGUGUUACAUGGGUUACAACCAAUGAGCAACAAUCUUGUAAAGUCGGUGUUUGCUUCACAAUUCUGUCUUCCUCAGCCCCUUGAUCCACAGAGCCACCAGGCAUUUGUGCUGUUUCCUUGGAGGUCAUUCCUAGCAGAUGGAGGACCAUUUCCAGUUACUCUUAGCAGCCCAGACUCCCUAGAAUAUAACAUGCAGUUUUGCUUGUGUGGGCUGAAUGAUCAAGAACGAAAAGUGGCCCAUGGGGAGCUGGUGUCUGUGCGGUUACUGAUGGAAGAUGUGCUCCUGAGCAGCUACGACAAGAUGGUGGGAGAUCCCCGCGGAUGUUACACCUCAGCAGACAAAAACAAGCAGAGCAGAGUGAACGAAAUGGCUGAAUUAAAUGGAAGUCAACCAUGGGGCCGCCCAAAGACCUCCAGGAUGCUUGAGAAGCAGCGGGAUCCACUGACAGCCUAUGCUUUCCUGAGAUCUUUUCUUAUUAUCUGGAAGCAGCUUGAAGUGCUAAAGGAGGAAUGGGGCCGACUCAAACUGAGGGUGACAGAUAUCAACACAGUUACUCUGUAUCAGCAAUUUGGGGAGCUCUACGGAUCUGAUAUUCUUUACCCUACCAUGAAAACCAUAGCCAGGCAGAUGGGAAAAGAAGAUGAAUUCGAAGGACUUGUAAUAAGUUGUCGGUCUAUACUUCCUCCCAAAGGAGCUUCGGAAGUUGAAAUCAAAACCUGCCAGCUUCAAAAACUUCUGGAAGAUCUUGAAAGUCACAUGAUCCAUGAGGUGCUAAGAAAAGUUAACAAGGAAAUAGCCUUAGUUAUGUCAGAAAAGGCUAAAGAAGACUCUGUCCUCCCUACAGAGCUCUGGAAACACCAUGUUAUUAAAGAAAAUGUGUCCGUUUUAAGGCCACAAAUAGUUGAAAUUUUUAUACAGCGAUUAAUGGAAAGUUACCAAGAUGGUGAGCUUGAGAUCACUUUUAAGAAAGAGCACUUAGAGAUGUGUCUCCUUUCUCUGGGUUGUGAUGUGAUGGCCAGAGAACGCAGCAACUUUGAGACCUACUCCAUGUUUUAUGAAAAUUUGUUGCAGCAGGCCAAUCAGAUGCUCUACCAAAAGGAACAAGAACUAAAUGCAGUGAGAACAGCUCAAAGUCCAUCUGAAGAAAGUGUUCAUCAGGUAACAGGGCACAUACAGAAUAUGAUCUUGGAAAUCACUGCUCUCAGAGCCAAACUCACCGAUCUAGAAGACGAGAAUAUCAACCUUAAGGAAAAGAUAAGAAAAGAAGUCCAAGAAGAAUAUGAAGCAUUAGUUCAAGCCUUAUUUGCGACCUGUUUACACAUCAAAGAGAAAUUGGACGAGCAUCAACUUAAAAUGUCUCGGAAAGUGUGUGAUCUCAUCAGUGAAGUGAGAAAAGAAGGGGUUGACAGUAUGAUUGAUUUGAAGAAAAAAUUUGGCUUAGGCAAAGUUGCUAAUGGAGUGAAAGAAAACUUGGCCAAACAGGAGCAGCUUCAGACCCUCCAGGAGGAGAACAGGAGCCUCCAGGAGCUGGUGUGCAAGAUGAAGACUGUAAGUCACUGGAAACUAACUGUCCAGCAGCAGCAGCUCCGGAGACAGCUAAGAAAUGCAGAGAAGGAAGCUACGCAAAGUAAAAAAAAAUAUUUGCGAGUCAAGAUAAUGGCUGAACACGAGAGUAUUUUAUUGCAACAACAAUUACUGGCUUUAAGGAAGGCUCUUGCCAAAUCUCAAACAGGGAGUUUGAAGAUGGAGAAACAGCUUGAAAAGCAGAAACAGUUGUUUAAAGAACUGGAAUACAAAAUGACCCAGGAAACUCUAAAUAGGCAGCAGUUGGAUAUAAUGAAAACAUCCAGCAUGGAGAAACUCUUGGAGGACAUAGAGAAGAAAGAACGAAGGCUCUGUCUUCUUACAGAGGAAGUAGAAAGGUCUUCUAAGAUGGGCCAAUUCCAGCAAAAGAAAAUUAAGAAAGAAAUCCAACAGAUAAGAAGCCAGCUUGCCCAAGAACGAGUUUUAAAGUUGGAUGCAUUCCAGCGAGUGGAUGAACUGCAGAGCCAGCUUUAUAACAUAGAAAGUGCAUCAACUCAAAUAAACCCACUGGGAGCAGGGGCUAGCUAUGCUCGAAGUUCUGUCUCCACUCCAUGCAGAUAUUCCCAGCAAUGCCUUUUAAAGUUUGAACCUAAAAGCACUGAAAUAAUAAAAAGGAUUCAAAGACCAAGCACCGUACCCACUAAAUGCCGAAGAAGAGAUUGCUUACCCAAUGUCCACGUUCAGCUGGCAACCUUUCGAAUUCCUACUGCUCAACAAUCAACACCCCUGCUCAAGCCUAUGCACUGGUAGCUCUUUUCAAGUUCGCAGAGGAACUAUGUACUACCCUGCUUCAAAAUUAUUGAAUAAAAAUGGCUAUAAAACAUUAA